GAUUGCUGUUUUAGGGUUGAACACGACAGGGACAUUGUCGAUCAGUGCGUUAGUGUCGUGCUGCUUCGCGCCAUCCGUCGUCGUCGUCGUUCGAGAUGGUGUUGAAGCCGCUCGAAUUCUCGGAAUGCCUCGCCGAUACGCCAUGGUUCCGACAGAAUUUACACGAACAUGAGGCUGCACUCGAAGAUGCCUACAAGAGCAUUAAAAACAUCGAAACACAGUGUCGGGAACUCAUCUCCUGUACUCGAAAGCUUUCGCUUGCACAAAAAGCUUUUGCAAAGACGUUGACGGAGUUUAAAAUCGAAACUGUUGGAACAACGCAGACAGAUGAUGAGAGAGUAAUUGGAAACUGCUUGAGUGAAUUUGGCAAGUUGCUGAAUCAAGUGGAAGAUGAGCGGACAAAAAUCAUCAAUGAAGCAGAGUCUCAUUACUUGGAGCCUCUCAAAAGAUUUCGAAAUGAAGCGAUCGGACGAACUUUGCACGAGGAAAAAAGGAAGUACGAGAAGGAAAGUUCGAAAUUCUAUCAAAGCCUUGAAAAGCACCUUCACCUGAGCACGGUGCGCAGAAACGACUUUCGAGAGGCCGAUGCACAGCUGGAUAUACAACAACAUAGUUUUUACAAAGCCUCCUUGCAGUAUGUCGCAGAAAUCCAAUCAGUUCAGGAGAGAAUGAAAUUUGAGUUCGUAGAAACUCUCAGCUCAUUCUUGUACUCUUGGCUGACUUUUUACCACGUCGGUCAUGUGAUCCAUGAAGACUUCAAACCAUUUUUGGAUGGCGUGCAAGAUCGAGUGCAAAAGACCAAGGAAAGCUACAUGGCUACUAUCGCAGAGGCAGAGGAGCUCAAAGAAAAAAUGCUCAAAACUCAUACGAAGGCGGGUCAAGCUAACAACCCACCUGGAACUGUGGCAUCAGGAGGCGCAGAACGUUCUAUGACUAUCAAACAAGGUUAUGUAUAUAUGCAAGAAAAGAGCAAAUUACCAAAGACAAUAGGGAGAGAUGUACUUGCGGGAAAAUGGACCAAAUAUUAUUGUGUAUACUCAAAGGAAACUCGAAUAUUCACCAUGAUUCCUAUUACUGCAUCGUCGAAGACGGAUAUGAAGGGCGCCUUGGGUUUGUCUGUAUCAUUCAAGUUAAAGGAGUGUUUGCGGCGUUCAUCAGACAGUAUCGACAAAAGGUUCUGUUUUGAUCUGAUCGCCGAUGAACGGCCUGACGUGAUGACGUUCCAAGCCCUUUCCGAAGAGGAUCGACGGCAGUGGAUUGACGCUAUGGAUGGGAAGCAAACGGUCUAUUCGCCUGGCGCUGGACCAUCAACCACUACUCUUCAAACCCAACUGGAUGAUACUGGGUUCGAAUUCGUGCAGCAGUGCAUUUCUUUCCUUGAAGAGCGAGGAAUUCGUGAGCAGGGUCUUUAUCGUAAUUGCGGAGUGACGUCAAAGGUACAAAAGUUGAUGCAGCUUGGUCUCGACAAACGAAAAUCGAAUGGGGACAAGCUAAAUUUCAACGAUGACGAAUGGGAGAUCAAAACAAUCAGCAGCGCUGUUAAGACAUUUUUAAGGAAUCUUCCGGAACCAUUGAUGACAUUCGAGCAACAUAAUCUUUUCAUCAAUGCUGCAAAAAUGGAUGAUCGGCGCACACGAGUUGAUCACAUCCACUACUAUGUACACAAACUCCCACCUGCUCAUAAAUCCAUGCUUGAAAUUAUUAUCCGUCAUCUACGAAGGGUCGCGGACCGCUGUAGCGAAAAUCUAAUGACCGUUGGUAAUCUGGGCGUAUGCUUUGGACCUACACUUUUGAGGCCAAAGGAAGAAACUAUGGCGGCUAUAAUGGAUAUUAAGUUCUGUAAUGUCGUUGUGGAGGUGCUGAUUGCACAUUGUGAACAGAUUUUCGGCACCGAACCUCCCAAAUCCAUUGGACAACCAUGUCCGCCUAAACCUGAUCAUCGGGCGAUUCAUCAGGAGUCGAGCCAGCCAGUGAUGUCCAUGACUGAACGACAAGCAGACAAUGGACGCUUAAUGCUUACGGCAACAUCUUCAGUACAGCCCACUUCAACGCGUCCACGAGCAAUCAUGCCUGCUUCACCAGCAAUUCGAGCUCAUGUGUCAGCUUUGGGAUCCUCGAAUUCUCCAACUGCUGCACCACCUCCAUCAAACAACAAUAGUAGUCAUAUAUAUGAUGUUCCUCCUGAAGUUCCUACAUCCUCAUCGAAACUUUUGCCAUCGUAUGGGGCACCGAGCACUUCAGCAGCGACCACACCAACGACUCCACCACAAAUGCCAAGCAGCGUAACACGAAUCGCUGCAAGUGCAUCAUCGUCACGGGCACCUCGUUGCGAAAGUUCCGAUUCGCUUAAUUCACUGAUCAGUGGUGGCAGUGACAGCCCAAAGACGAGCAAGGUGUCUAUUGAUGGGCAAAAAGCGAAGAUGAGCACAUCGUACGCUCCCUCCUACAACCCCUUAGCUUGCGAAACUGUGCCCCGUUCUCAAGCUAUGGGGGCGCCGUCUUCCUCUUCGAACAACUUCUCGGCACUAAUGUGCUCUGACUGUCCUCCCGUACAACGCAUCUCUCCAAUGUACUCCUCCCUCAUUAAUCCGGUUGUGUCGCUGCAACCGAGUCGGCGUGUGAAGACGUUGUACGCAUGUACGCCAGACCAUGAAUCGGAAUUGUCAUUCCAACCUGGACAGAUCAUCACAAACGUGUAUGAGUCGAAAGAAGAAGGUUGGCUGGUUGGUACGCUCAACGGAAAGACUGGUCUCAUUCCUAGUAACUAUGUGGAACCAUUGCCGUAACGCUUCACUUCCGAGUCAAAUGCGACUCGCCCUCGUCCAGUCGCUUUACAUUCAAAUUGUGAUCCAUAGUACGGGUUUAUAACUUUGCUAGAAUCUCUUCAGGGCAUAUAACUCUUCCCACCUUUCUUCCCUCGUGUACUCCAUUGUCCAGAUUUUGGCCAGUUCCUUAUUCUAUUCAUAUUACUAGAAGUCAAUUUUUGAUUUUUUCUCGUUUGUUUUUCAUUUUAUGAUGUUGCCGGUGUUUAGCUGAGCUGCGUAUAGAGAAUUAGUUAGUGAGAUGAUGGAAUGUUUUUUCAUUUUGUUUAUAUUAGUAGUCUGAUCGACGGGUAAACCUGUUCAUAACGCUCCGUCGUCGACAUAGGUUUCCCCAUUCCAAAUCGGCAUCGUUCACGAAUCUGAUCUGCUUCGCUGUGCUUUUGCUUGCCUCGUCCAGCUCGUUGAUUUCCAUUGUUGGGGUUUCGACUACCUGAAUCAUCUCUGCGAGCCGUCAACUGCUCCAGAUUCAUUGAAAACGUUCCCAUAUUUCGAAAUCUAAUGCGCUCCUAGUCACGACGAUGCUUGGUCAGCGUUGCUGGGUUGCUAAUUUGUGCUGUCAUGAAAUAAAUUAUUUUCACUG